CAGGCUUGGGAGACUGAGGCGCAGAGAGCGGGAGGGGCUUUGUCCAGGCUCACCCAGGAAUCCGGAACUGGAAAUGUGUAUGGAGCAGUUAGCGUCUGCCAGGCCUCGAACGUGAUCGGGGACUCGGCGCUGAAAGAGGUACUGCCAUGUGAGAGUACCGGAGGGGCUCCUGAAGGACCUGUUGCCAGGACCAGUGACCCUGGUAAUGGAACGCUCAGAGGAGCUCAACAAGGACCUGAAUCCUUUCACUCCUCUUGUAGGCAUCCGGAUUCCUGACCACGCCUUCAUGCAGGACUUGGCCCAGGUGUUUGGGGGGCCACUCGCGCUCACCAGUGCCAACCUCAGCUCCCAGUCCAGCUCUCUGAAUGUUGAGGAAUUCCAGGACCUGUGGCCUCACUUGUCCUUGAUCAUUGAUGGGGGACCCAUUGGGGACGGCCAGAGCCCAGAGUGUCGAUUAGGCUCAACUGUAGUUGACUUGUCUGUGCCUGGAAAGUUUGGCAUCAUUCGUCCUGGUUGUGCCCUUGAAAGUACUUCAGCCAUCCUCCAGGAGUACGGGCUGCUCCCCUCACAUGGAUCCUGCUUGUGACACUCUGGAGGAGGGUGGGCCCAAUGACUGGUGCUGGACACUAUGUGUCCGACCGCUGGUAGCUGGCAAGGCCUCAUUUGCAGAGGCUGCUAGGGCUACAGUGUUAGUAGUCUGACCUUUUAAGGCAGAGUUUCUUUCUGAACUGUAUAGACCAGAACUCAGAAGCUGCUCGUUAAGCCUCACACCUGGUUUGGGAGGUUAUAUUAAUUUAUCUAUAAUUUCCUAUAUUAGCUAAAAGCUGAAUAGAAAUUUUAAGUCCAUUCCUAGGAUGGCCUGGUUCGGUUAAGAGAUAGGUUUCUUCUUCCUUUGAUUUUUGAAAAAUAAAUAACCAGUUUGCAAUCUAAUGAGAACCUCUUCUCUGGUGGGUAGUGGCAUUUAAGGUCCAAAUCAGCUAACGCAUCAGUUGAUGCUUUUUUUAAGAGUCUCAAGUGACCAAAGGCACUUUGUGCUUCUGAAGCUGGAACCAGGUUAGGAUAAAACCUGUGGAGCCAUAGGCCAAACACUACUUCCUCUGAACCAGGGCUGGUUCUGUGCUGUAAUUGCCUGGCAGAGUCAUCAUUUUGGUCUAAUGAUGGGAAGUAAGCUCAGUUGGGGCAGGGGGGUCCAAAUUAUUAAAAAAUGUUGGAAAAUCUCUGCUGUUCUUUUUAGCCACUUUUUUCUUAUUUAUUCAUAAUACAAAGUAUAAUGACUUACACCUGUAAUACCUUUAUUUAAAUCCAGUGUCUACCCUGCAGCUUUUAUUUACAUAUAUAUAUCUCUCAAGUAUUAAACAUAAUUAUUGUUGGGCAUUUGAACUUUGUUUUUUCUUUAAUAGAAAAGAAUGCUAUUAAACCUCUUCGUACAUGUUU